AUGAUAAAGUUAGUGUCAAGCCCACCUAUUAAUGAUGAUUGUGAACAGGUUCCGUCUCAAGAUUUGGAAAUUUUAAAUGUACUUGAUUUAGAUUCAAUGUUUAAGGAUAAAUCAAAUAAUAUAACGGAUAAGCAAUUAGAACUAGAUGGACUCAAUGAUUUUAUUCAAGAACUAGACGAGGAAGUUGAUUUUGAUCCAGAUUUAUUAGUUCAGGAUAUCUGGGAAGCUAACUUAGAAAACAUGAAUCGCAUAAAAUCAUUGUUGAAUAGAAGCCAUUACUUUCCGUUCAGGUAUUGGAUAUGGCUUGAUUAUUGUAAUGAAAUAACAAAAGUAAACAGUUCUUUGGCUCCUUGCUUGUCUGACAUCUCAAGUCUUAGAGAUGCUAUAUUUAAAUCUCAGCAAUGGGAUUCUCCAUACAAUCGACAAACGCAUUUUGAUUAUGAUUGGAUCCGAAAUACCGCGUACAACUUGUAG